GUCACUUCCACCGGAAAAGGCAAGCGCGGCCGCGCGGUUGGCGCGAAAGUCGGUUCCCGUUCUGGGCAAUUUCCGGGUUCUCCAGCGUUUGCUUUCGGGUAGGGGCGGCGCCGAGUCGGGGGAGGGGGCUGUGCGCCGGGCUGGCGCCCGACCCCAGCCACCGCCCUGCGGCCAGCGCGUCCCCCGACUCGCCGCCCGGAGACCCCGAGGCUCCAACGAGUUCAGAAAUGUCCAGAAAUGACAAAGAACCGUUUUUUGUGAAGUUUUUAAAGUCUUCAGACAAUUCCAAAUGUUUUUUUAAAGCUCUCGAGUCCAUAAAAGAAUUCCAAUCAGAAGAAUAUCUUCAGAUUAUUACAGAAGAAGAGGCAUUGAAGAUAAAGGAGAAUGAUAGAUCACUUUAUAUCUGUGACCCUUUUAGUGGCGUUGUCUUUGAUCACCUCAAAAAGCUUGGCUGCAGAAUUGUUGGUCCUCAAGUAGUCAUAUUUUGUAUGCACCACCAGCGAUGUGUCCCAAGAGCCGAACAUCCAGUUUAUAAUAUGGUUAUGUCUGAUGUAACCAUAUCUUGUACAAGUCUGGAAAAAGAAAAAAGGGAAGAAGUUCAUAAAUAUGUACAAAUGAUGGGCGGACGAGUAUACAGAGACCUUAAUGUAUCAGUAACUCACCUUAUUGCAGGAGAAGUUGGUAGCAAAAAAUAUUUAGUUGCUGCAAACCUGAAGAAACCUAUUUUGCUUCCCUCUUGGAUAAAAACACUUUGGGAGAAGUCACAAGAGAAAAAAAUAACUAGAUAUACUGAUAUAAACAUGGAAGAUUUCAAGUGUCCUAUUUUUCUUGGUUGCAUAAUCUGUGUGACUGGCUUAUGUGGCUUAGACAGGAAAGAAGUUCAGCAACUCACAGUUAAGCAUGGAGGUCAAUACAUGGGACAGUUGAAAAUGAAUGAAUGUACACACCUCAUUGUGCAAGAACCAAAAGGUCAGAAGUAUGAGUGUGCCAAGAGAUGGAAUGUACACUGUGUGACCACACAGUGGUUUUUUGACAGUAUUGAGAAAGGUUUUUGUCAGGAUGAAUCCAUAUACAAGACAGAACCUAGACCAGAAGCAAAGACUAUGCCCAAUUCUUCAACUCCUACCAGCCAGAUCAACACAAUUGAUAGUCGUACUCUUUCAGAUGUCAGCAAUAUUUCCAACAUAAAUGCAAGUUGCGUAAGUGAAUCAAUAUGUAAUUCACUUAACAGCAAACUGGAGCCUACACUUGAAAAUCUAGAAAAUCUGGAUGUCAGUGCAUUUCAAGCACCUGAAGAUUUAUUAGAUGGUUGUCGGAUAUAUCUUUGCGGUUUUAGUGGCAGAAAGCUAGAUAAACUGAGAAGACUUAUUAACAGUGGAGGUGGAGUUCGUUUUAACCAGCUAAAUGAAGAUGUAACUCAUGUUAUUGUGGGAGAUUAUGAUGAUGAAUUGAAGCAGUUUUGGAAUAAAUCAGCCCACAGGCCUCAUGUAGUGGGAGCAAAGUGGUUGCUAGAGUGUUUCAGUAAAGGUUAUAUGCUUUCUGAAGAACCAUAUAUCCAUGCUAAUUACCAGCCAGUGGAAAUUCCAGUUUCACAUCAGCCUGAAAGUAAAGCAGCUCUUUUAAAAAAGAAGAACAGCAGCUUCUCUAAGAAAGACUUUGCUCCUAGUGAAAAGCAUGAGCAAGCUGAUGAAGAUCUGCUCUCUCAAUAUGAAAAUGAUAGCUCCACAGUAGUUGAGGCUAAGACGUCUGAAGCCAGGCCCUUUAAUGAUUCUACUCAUGCUGAGCCCUUGAAUGAUUCUACUCACAUUUCUUUGCAAGAAGAAAACCAGUCUUCUGUCAGUCAUUGUGUCCCUGAUGUUGCUACAAUUACUGAAGAAGGCUUAUUUAGCCAAAAGAGUUUCCUUGUUUUGGGUUUUAGUAAUGAAAAUGAAUCUAACAUCGCAAACAUCAUAAAAGAAAAUGCUGGGAAAAUCAUGUCCCUUCUGAGCAGAACUGUUGCGGAUUAUGCUGUGGUUCCUCUGCUGGGGUGUGAAGUGGAAGCCACUGUGGGAGAAGUUGUUACAAAUACAUGGCUGGUUACUUGCAUAGACUAUCAGACUUUGUUUGAUCCAAAGUCGAAUCCUCUCUUCACACCAGUCCCAGUAAUGACAGGAAUGACUCCUUUAGAGGAUUGUGUUAUUUCAUUUAGCCAGUGUGCUGGAGCAGAAAAAGAGUCUUUAACAUUCCUAGCAAACCUCCUUGGAGCAAGUGUUCAAGAAUACUUUGUUCGCAAAUCCAAUGCAAAGAAAGGCAUGUUUGCCAGUACUCAUCUUAUACUGAAAGAACGUGGUGGCUCUAAAUAUGAAGCUGCAAAGAAGUGGAAUUUACCUGCAGUUACUAUAGCUUGGCUGUUGGAGACUGCUAGAACGGGAAAGAGAGCAGACGAAAGCCAUUUUCUGAUUGAAAAUUCAUCUAAAGAAGAACGAAGUUUGGAAACAGAAAUAACAAAUGGAAUCAAUCUAAAUUCAGAUACUGCAGAGCAUCCUGGCACACGCCUGCAAACUCACAGAAAAACCGUCGUUACACCUUUAGAUAUGAACCGCUUUCAGAGUAAAGCUUUCCGUGCUGUGGUCUCACAACAUGCCAGACAGGUCGCAGCCUCCCCAGCAGUAGGACAACCACUUCAGAAGGAGCCCUCGUUACACCUGGAUACACCAUCAAAAUUCCUGUCCAAGGACAAACUCUUCAAGCCUUCCUUUGAUGUGAAGGAUGCACUUGCAGCCUUGGAAACUCCAGGACGUCCCAGCCAACAGAAAAGGAAACUGAGUACGCCACUCUCAGAAGUUAUUGUCAAAAACUUGCAACUUGCUUUGGCAAAUAGCUCUCGAAAUGCUGUCGCUCUUUCUGCCAGCCCUCAGCUGAAAGAGGCCCAGUCAGAGAAGGAAGAAGCCCCAAAGCCACUUCACAAAGUAGUGGUAUGUGUUAGUAAAAAACUCGGUAAAAAGCAGAGUGAACUAAAUGGGAUCGCAGCCUCUCUAGGAGCAGAUUACAGGUGGAGUUUUGAUGAAACAGUGACUCAUUUCAUCUAUCAAGGGCGGCCAAAUGACACUAAUCGGGAGUAUAAAUCUGUAAAAGAAAGAGGAGUACACAUUGUUUCCGAGCACUGGCUUUUAGAUUGUGCCCAAGAGUGUAAACAUCUUCCUGAAUCUCUUUAUCCGCAUACUUAUAAUCCCAAAAUGAGCUUGGAUAUCAGUGCAGUGCAAGAUGGCCGACUCUGUAAUAGUCGACUACUCUCAGCUGUGUCUGCAACAAAGGAUGAUGAGCCAGAUCCUUUGAUUUUAGAAGAAAAUGAUGUAGACAAUAUGGCCACCAAUAAUAAAGAGUCAGCACCAUCAAAUGGAAGUGGAAAGAAUGACUCUAAAGGAGUUCUGACACAGACCUUAGAGAUGAGAGAGAACUUUCAGAAGCAGUUACAGGAGAUAAUGUCUGCAACAUCAAUAGUGAAACCCCAAGGGCAGAGGACUUCCCUUUCAAGAAGUGGUUGUAACAGCGCAUCUUCAACCCCUGACAGCACUCGCUCUGCUCGCAGUGGACGAAGUAGAGUCCUAGAGGCACUGAGGCAGUCUCGUCAAACAGUACCUGAUGUCAACACAGAGCCUUCCCAAAAUGAACAGAUUAUUUGGGAUGACCCUACAGCAAGGGAGGAGAGAGCAAGGCUUGCCAGCAAUUUGCAGUGGCCUAGUUGUCCCACACAAUACUCUGAGCUUCAGGUUGACAUUCAAAACUUGGAGGAUUCUCCUUUUCAAAAGCCUUUACAUGAUUCAGAAAUUGCUAAACAGGCUGUCUGUGAUCCUGGAAACAUACGUGUGACUGAAGCUCCCAAACACCCAAUCUCUGAAGAACUGGAAACUCCCAUAAAAGAUAGCCACCUGAUCCCUACGCCUCAAGCCCCCAGUAUUGCCUUUCCACUCGCCAACCCCCCUGUGGCUCCGCACCCUAGAGAAAAGAUUAUAAUGAUAGAGGAGACUCAUGAAGAAUUAAAAAAACAGUACAUAUUUCAGUUAUCAUCUCUGAAUCCUCAAGAACGUAUUGACUAUUGUCAUCUGAUUGAGAAACUAGGUGGAUUGGUGAUAGAAAAGCAGUGCUUUGAUCCCACCUGUACACACAUUGUUGUGGGACAUCCACUUCGAAACGAGAAGUAUUUAGCCUCAGUGGCAGCUGGGAAGUGGGUGCUUCAUCGCUCCUACCUUGAAGCCUGCAGGACUGCUGGACACUUCGUGCAGGAAGAAGACUAUGAAUGGGGAAGUAGUUCCAUACUUGAUGUUUUGACUGGAAUCAAUGUACAGCAACGAAGACUAGCACUUGCAGCAAUGAGAUGGAGAAAAAAAAUCCAGCAAAGACAAGAAUCUGGCAUUGUUGAGGGAGCAUUUAGUGGGUGGAAGGUUAUUUUACAUGUGGAUCAGUCUCGAGAAGCAGGCUUCAAACGCCUUCUUCAGUCAGGAGGAGCAAAGGUGCUACCUGGUCAUUCUGUACCUUUAUUUAAAGAGGCCACACAUCUUUUUUCUGACUUGAAUAAACUGAAACCAGAUGACUCAGGAGUUAAUAUAGCAGAAGCUGCUGCCCAGAACGUGUACUGCUUGAGAACAGAAUACAUUGCUGAUUAUCUCAUGCAGGAAUCACCUCCUCAUGUAGAAAAUUACUGUCUACCAGAAGCUAUUUCAUUUAUUCAGAAUAAUAAGGAACUUGGGACUGGAUUAUCACAAAAGAGGAAAGCUCCUACAGAAAAAAAUAAAAUCAAACGACCUAGAGUACACUAAUCGCAUCUACCCUUUAGUUACCAAACAUUAAAUGUUUUUAAAAAUUGAAAGCCUGAAUGUGACUGUGAUAGAUUUGGGUAGUAAUUUAAAGAUGAGUACCUGAAGAAUUCUGCUUCAGAGUAUAAUGAUGACCCUUCUUGAGUUUUGAACACCUGAAAUUGUAAUCACUGAAAUAUUAACUGUUUCUUAAUAAAAAGUUACCUGAAAUAACAACAGAAUACAACUCCUCAGCUAGCUUGCUGUUAAACCACAUUGAAGUCUGUUAAAAGAUAUUUAUUUUUCUUGUAAAUAUCUGAAGCUGUAGCUUAGUGGAAAUUUUAGCAAGGUAAUGGAUUUCGCUUUAAAAUGUCUGCCUUACAAAUUCAUAACAACAAGAUUUGUCAAUCAGCAUUUAUUCAUGUUUUCCCUGAUUUUUAUCUUCUCACCAUUUUACCUCUUUUAACAGGAGCCUGAGCACAAGGUUUAAUGAGGAAGCUGGGGCUAUAAAUAUGUGUGUAUAUAUGUAUAUGUAUGUUUGUACAAAUCUCCAUGAUGUUUGCCAAGUUUGAGUGCGCAAAACUUGGAAAAUGUGACAAUAAAGAAUAAAAGUAGUAACUCAAA